ACAGUCCAUAGAAUUAGACGUCAUGAGGACACUAAAGGGUGACGUAUGACUGCGCUGCCGCAGAUGUCUGGUCGCUCGAAACAAAAAAAUGACGCAAACGAAGCGUGUUUGUUAAGAGACCGGCCGAGGUAAAGCUUUGUUUUAAAAACUUUAAUCGAUUAUUGGUAAUAAUUAUAAUGACAGAGACCGGCGAGGCCGUCCCGGAAGAAGUUGUCAAGAAACUUGCGUACAGCUUCCCUAUCGUCAGGCACACGGACAUGCCAGAGGAAAUGAAGGAGGAGACUAUUGCGCUGUGCAUUUCAGCCUUCGAAAAGUGUUCCAACAACAACGAGAACACAGCGAAGAUGGUCAAGGAUUCCAUGGACAAGAUGUUUGGAACUGCGUGGCAUGUAGUGAUCGGCGAAAGUUUCGGCUUCGGCGUCACUCAUGAGGCGAAGCAUCUGCUCUACAUGUUCUACGGAGGGAGCUUGGCCAUCUGUAUUUGGAAGUGCUGCUAGCACUGAUAAUUGGUCCUCUUUCUCAUCACCUCUCGCAAGCUUCUAUUUGAACAAUGAACCAUCAUCUGAUUAUUUGAAUCAUAAAUUAUUUUGUUGAAAUGUUUGGUCAUCCAACGGGCAACGUAGACAACUUCCUUGUUUACAACGUUAUUCAUUUUCAGGUAAUUUCGGAGCGGGAGCAUUUGGUUUAGUUUCUCAUUAUCGCCAUCUACUGUCUCGAGGUUGUAGGGAACACUUAAAACACAAAGACUUCUAGUAAACCUGACAAUACUGUACAGUACACAGCAUAACGCGAUAUUAUUUCAUAUUGUUUUUAAAAGUGUAUGGACUCAUUACAUUUUGUUUUGACAACAAAUUGUUUAAUCAUUGAAGAUACACUUUGCUAAAUGAGAAGUCAUGUAAAACAUGAGCACCGCUGUCUUUUAGUAACACGACGACUAUGUCCAUUAUUGAAUAUAUUAAUAAAUUGCUCAUACUUGCGCCUUACGUACAGCAUCAAGGUGUAGUUUUUUUCACUGACUGUAACAAGUUGGCUACUUAUGAUGAACAAUUUUAACUAUUAAAUGACCACGAAAGUCACAGCCUUAAAAUAGCUUCUGCGCCCCCUUCAGCGCACUGACCGCUAUUGAAGUUCUGAAAUGACAUUUUCGUUCACUUGUUCAAAAAUCAUCGAGUUAAGCGAACAAAUGAGAGUACGCAUUGUUUGAGUUAAGUAUCGCCUUGUAUAGUUUUGUCUGCUUCCAUACGUAGUGUUGUCGUUAGGGGCAGUGUUCGAUUCCGGCUCCGGCCUUGCUGUGUGGAGUUUGCAUGUUCUCUCGAGCCAGCAUGGAUUUUCUUCGGGUACUUGUUCAAAAAACAAAAAUAGGCAGAGAAACCCUCAAGACGACAAGUAGCAAACCUAUCCACUGGAGAGCAGCAUCGUAACCACUCACGAGCCAGCCUGCGAGAAAGUGAGUAGACGAAGAAGUUGCCAGUGAUCCGAAGCCGCUAGCUUGCAGAUAAGUAACUGGACCUGGCCGACUGCACUGGUAAGGGGUUAGCAGUUGUCCAAAAUGGAUUAUUCUGCAACCCAGAAAGAUUUCAGACAGCGUAAGUUACAGCCUAAUGUACGUCUACGAAAUACUUCCGUGGAUGGUUCAAAUGGCAGCCAGUUGUUUGAGGACACAAGUGGCUGUGGUACGCAGACAUCCUACCACAGGAACCAACAUGGUGGACGUCAGGCAGCAGGCUCUCCAGGCCAGUCCAUGCUGUCAGACCCCAUGUCGAACCUCGCCAUGGCUUAUGGCAGCUCACUAGCAUCUCAGGGGAAGGAAAUGAUGGAUAAGAAUCUGGACAGAUUCAUCCCCAUUUCCAAGCUGAAAUACUACUUUGCUGUGGACACGUUAUACGUGGGAAAGAAGCUGGGUCUUCUAGUUUUCCCCUACAUGCAUGAGAACUGGGAGGUGAGCUACCAGCAGGACACUCCGGUGGCCCCGCGCUUUGACGUCAACGCUCCCGAUCUGUACAUCCCCGCCAUGGCUUUCAUCACGUACGUGCUGGUGGCUGGGCUGGCCCUGGGCACACAAAACAGGUUUACUCCUGAGCUGCUGGGGGUUCACGCAAGCUCGGCGCUGGUGUGGCUCAUCAUGGAAGUCUUGGCAGUUCUCCUGUCACUCUACCUCGUGACCGUUAGCACCGACCUCACAACCAUCGACCUGCUCGCUUUUGCUGGAUACAAAUAUGUCGGAAUGAUCGUUGGUUUAGUGGCAGGACUCAUGUUUGGGAGGGCAGCUUACUAUCUCUCUUUACUGUGGUGCUGUGCUGCCAUUUUUGUGUUCAUGACCCGCACCCUGCGUCUGAAGCUCCUGUCCGAAGCGGCGGCGGAAGGAAAGCUAGUGAGAGUAGCCAGAAACCAGCUGAGGAUGUACCUCACCAUGUGUAUAGCGGCGGCCCAGCCUGUUUUCAUGUACUGGUUCACCUAUCACCUGAUCAGAUAAAUGCACCCACACUGGGGGGGAGGAAGAGACAUGCACACAAGCACAGAAGCUGCCUUCGUGUGUUCGCGGUCUGUCAUUGUAAAGCAUAAGGUUGUGCUCCAUCUUUACACGGAGGAGCACCAUACCGCAUGCGAUGAGCAAGAGGGAGAGUUGUGUGUUUUUAACGCCUGUAACUCUCAUACGAUAGUUUUUUUUUUUUUUUGCACAGUACUAUCAUGGUAUUGUCUGAACAACAUUCAACGUAAUAGUUUUUCUACACUGUGUAAGUACCUGUUAAUUAUUGUUUUUUUGUUUGUUUGUUUGUUUUUUAGCUGUAUUUAAAUGUCCUGUAUGUUUAUUCGACACUGUUAUUGUCUAUGUUUCUUCUGAGUGGACUGCACAAACUCCGAGUGACUGAACGCGCUUCCUUCAUAAUCACUAUAACCAAAAGCACACUCAAAGAGUGACGCGCACAAUUCUAGCAAAUGUCUACCUGUCAUCAUUUAAUCUGGACUAAAAAGUAGUCCUUCAGGUCUGCGGGCAUGAUUGUGCGUCCACCUCUUAACUUUUGCGUGCUUUGUGUCAUAUCUACUACACGCUUGCCUGCCAGGUCGUGAAGCAGUGUGAGAUCGCACCAAGUCGCGGUGAUGUUGUUUUGAUAUCCUUUUAAGAAAUAAUGUAAAUUAUUUGUUGCUUUUCAUAUUGAAAGUCAGAUGGAAUAAAAGAAAAGAUUAAUUACCGU